ACAGAUGUGCUGUGCAACAAGCUCAAGCAGUGACUUAUUUCAGAAUGGCGUGUCAGCUACAGAAUGAGAUCUGUGAACACGUGCGUUGCCUGUGCAAGCUGUCUGACGUUGUGUCUGUGCUGGAUCUGCUGCUUUCAUUUGCCCACGCCUGCGCCCUUUCUGAUUGUGAAUUUACCGAUACUUUAGCGAUCAAGCAGGGGUGGCAUCCCAUUCUUGAAAAGACAGCUCUGGCAAAACCUGUGGCUAGCAACACAUCCCUGACAGAGGUCAACGGUCUUGUCAUUGUUACAGGACCAAAGCACAGGCGGAAGAGCGCUCCGGAGAUGAUGAAGCAGAGAGCUGCGCACCAGUUAGCAACGAGCUUGGUUCAGACUGCCAGCAAUUCUCAGCUGGACCCUGGCAGUUGGCGUGGACAUUGGAAAGCUCUGAAGAGAAAGUAG